AUGGUGUUGCGGGCCUCAAACCCGACGAUCAGACCAGGUUCAUGGGCACAGCUACUUGGUUGCAAUCUGGACUUGAUAUCAGGAGCCCAACCAUCCACCAGUUGGCUCAUCUACCAACGAAAUCCUACCACUGAGGAACAGAAAAUCAUUGAUGCUGGCAUUGCAAAAAUCACCGCCAAGAACCCUGAUGCCCUUGGCAAUGUACCAUUUGUGUCAGCCAACGAUUUAGAAGGCAUGCAAGAUCAGAUUGACGAGGACUCUCCUCCCUCCAAUGUAGCAUCAAUCGAGACGGGCCCAAUUAAUGUGGUGAAGCAAGCAUUCACCUCUUUAGCCAUCAAGACUGAAAAUGACUCACAGGCUACCAAGAUACCUGCGCCGCCUCCAAAUGCACCAGCAACAAACAAGGCCAGGAGAGCCUUUGUAUUGGCGGUCAAUACCAAAAUCCUUGAAUCAAGUCAACUUGUGGCUAAUUCACACCUCGACAACGGUUUUGAUGAUGAUCUUUCAGGUCAGGAGGAUCUAAAAGCCCUGUCUCCGCCAGCUAAUUCUGGGAUCAAUAACCCUCCUACUCAACACAUAAAUCCUCCGGCCAGCAUCUCUGGCCCCGAGCCAAAAGAACCCAUCCAAGAAAGCAUCAAGCUCCGCUUCAGUAUCAAACGACCGGUCCCCAAUGCGAGUCCGAGCAAAUCUGCUUCUCCUUCACCUGAGAAAAAUGUGGUGAAGAAUUCUAAGAGACCCUCCAAGACCCAAAAACACGCUGCUAAGGCAGAUGAUGGUAUUGGUGUUCAAGAAGAGGGAGACAUCUCAGUUGAAGUCAAGGUUGAGCCAAAGGCGAAGGCUAAGGCUAAGGCUAAGGCUAGGAGCAACAAAGGGGGAGCAAAGAAAUAG